AAAGCCCAAUUUUUCUACAGCCGCUAAAAUCAAAUUUACAGGUUCUCUUUUUCGCCACGUAAUCUACCUCCUAAACCACACCAUGAGUAUUAAAGUCAGAUUCAAAAUAACGUUUGUACGCUUCAUGUAAAACGACACCAUGAACAUCAAAGUCGUUUCAAAAUAGUCAUGUGUCAGCUUCAUGUAAUUUCUAAUUUUCUUUUCCUUUUGGAUAGUCACACAUGUUGGGAGAUGUUGCUUCGAAACGUUUUCCUCAGUAAACAUGGGUGAUUUUCAUGUAAUCGGUGAUUUUCAGCAAACACGGGUGAUUGUCCAUGUACUCUCCGACGGUUUGCAUGUCAGACCGUCUGAAACCAAAUCGAGCUAUUCUAACCCCACAAACGACGCAACUUACCAUUACGUCGAUCCAAUCCCAUUAUUGUCGUUUCUCCUUCAACGCCUCAUCUUGUAUAUAAACCAUUUUCUCUUCUACAAUAUUUAUACGUUUCCAAAUACGCCCACUUCACUCAACGUUUCAAUAAGGACACCCAUAAAUUGGAUACACACACCUGCUGGGAGGCGCCCUGGUUUUGCAGUGACGUGGAAGACGUUUCCUCAAAUAUCUGGAAAUCGGAAUCAAAUAAGAACGGCUGACUUUUCUUUCUUCUUCUACAGGCAAGAAUUUGUGUUUUAG